AAAUGCUUCCCCUGACAACUUACGGGGAAGUCCAUAGUUUGUCCGUAUGUGAAAGUCGUAUUGACUCUCUGAUGUUUUUGGCAUCGCUCUUAUUGUAAUCAUAAAUGGAUUCCAGGGUUUCUGAAAGUAAGGAGCCUCGCCUUCUGAGGCGAUCGGUUAGGCAGUCAUCGAGUAACGUUGGACGUGAGCAAACUGACUGUUGUGACAAAAAGGCAUUGGGUUUUGAACUGGCACCCAGGGAACCUCUGAAGAGGACCAGAAGAGGGUUGAAACACCAAAGUCCUGUGAAAGCUGUCAAUGGGUCCAGAGAUGAGGAGAGUGACUCAGAGGAUGAAGAAUCCCCGAACAAGAAGAGCCGGCUGGAGCAUGGAGGAGCAGAGGACAGCUGUGGUGAUGCGAAUGAGAUGGAGGUUCAGGAACCAGAUGAAGAUCAGGAGAUAAAUGAAGAGCAGGGAAUGGAUAUUAUACAGCAGUCCUCUCAUGCCUCUCAUCAAGUACAAUUAAACAAAGGCGCCCUUGGAGAUAUUCAUUUAUCCCCGUGUGUUCUGCUCAAGGAGCUCCGCAGUCAUGCUGUAAAUAAAGAUGCAGAUUGGAUAAUACCUAAUAAAGGGCUGAAUGAACUCCGCAGUCCUGCUGUACAUGGAGAUGCAGAACGGAUAAGAACAAAGACAGCAAAAGGACCUGAAGCUCCCACCAAGUCUUCCGCACAAAUCAGACCACCGGUAAACAGACAUGAUGUGCCCAUCCCGAAGAUCACCAGCAUGGACGAGUACAGGAAGAUGAUGGAAGCUAAGGUCAAAAGCACUGGUAUACCUGUAGUUAACCACUAUCCCCAGAGUGUGCAUCCAGCCUCGGAGAAGUCCUGCAUAAGACAACGUGUGAAUAAUAUUCCAACACAAACACAAACCGUUCAGCAGAAAAAACAAGUGAAAAAGAAAACACUUGCUAUCAAGAAAAGCUCUGGAUAUUCCUUUAGCGGAUUCAUGUGGGGUUUAUGCCGUUUUAUUCUCGUGGCGCUGAUCGGUUCAGCCGUCUUGGUGGCAUGCAAGAUCAUCCCUGUAAUGAAGAAGAAUGCAGAUGGUGAAACAACCCAUUCCAGGCCCAUAAAGCCGGACAUUUUUGCAGAUCAGCUGUCUCUUCUUCAGGCUCAGUUCCCCAGUCAGCACUCUGAGUUGUGGAGGAGAAGCAAGAUCCACUUGGAGAAGCACCUGAACACAGCGCAGCCCACAGAGCCGGUCAGUCUGAUCUUUACUGCCGGCCGCUGGGCUGAGAAGACCCUGACCUGCCUGGCUCGGAGUCUGGCCUCCUCGUACUCCUCGGCCCUCAACGCCUCCGUCCUCCACAUCGACGGAGCCAGCAGAGCCAGCCAGGACAGCGAUGAGGUGAAGCUGGACAUCGACAACCAGCUGCGAGCAGCGUUUGAAGGAGAUAAACCCGUGGCCGUCAUUCAUCGCUUCGAGGAGCUGCCUCCAGGCUCCACGCUCAUUUUUUAUCGCUACUGUGACCAUGAGAACGCCGCCUACAAGCGCGUGUUUUUGUUGUUUACUGUGCUGCUUCCUCAAGAUGAGAUCAUUGGGGACCAGAGUCUGAAGGAAGUGGAGGAGAUGGUGCUAGAGUACGUCAAGGAAAAGCUGAUUAGCUCCAGCAACCACGGUUCUUUCAAUGACAUGGACAUAGACAAGUUUGGUGGACUGUGGAGCCGCAUCUCCCAUCUCAUCUUACCUGUGGUGUCUGAGAAGGAAGUAGAGCAGAAAGGAUGCUGAAGACUCGAAGAAGUCAGAAUUCCAUUUUGGAUCAGCCUGAUUCUUCCUUGGACCGUACAUUAGCUAUGAGACAGAGAAGUAACUUGUAAAUAUAAUGUGUGUUGUUACAUUUCACAUAUAACCUUGAGUUCUAAUGUUUGAAGGUUGUUUUAAUCUCUCCGUCAGCAGUAUAAGGUUGAAGAACUGCUCAUGUUGUCCAGCACUGAGUUUUUACAAAUGCGUACAUGUACAAGCUUUUGAAUAAGGAUAUGUACCAUCAUUUCAUUUCCCAAGUAGGUUAGGAAAUGCUCUCAUCCAGGUUUAGUACAAUAUGUUUGAUUGAUUUGUUUUCUCCUUGUUCUGUGUCAUUAAUUGUUUCAACAGCACUUUGUUCCACAUCUUUUUAACCCAUCUAAGAAGAGUAUCUAGUGAAAGAUCAGCGUGGAUUGCACUUCUUUGGAUGGAUAGAAAAUGUUUGUUUGAGGUGUUGAUUCAUAUUUCUUGUUUUGUAUCAAAUCUCUCAUGCAACUGCUGGCUCACAUUAUAUAUCUGUUAAAUGUCCCCAUGGAGAUGUGUUUCCCAUUGUUCAUUUAAUUUUCUUGUGUACACGAUUGGAUUUGCACUAAAAUCUUUGCUUUAAUGAUUCUUCUUAUCAAGAGUGCUGGCUUUUAUUGGGAUAAAUAUUUUUAAUUCCUUUUUUCCCUUUUUUUCUGAUAUUUAUAUUUGUGAUAUUUUGUCUCUUUCUAGAUUGAAAUAUUUUUUGAUAGCUGUAUAUAUAUUUUGAAUAUAAAAAUAUUUUUCUUUGCUGUCAAAAAACCACUGAGAUGGUUUUACAACGUUGUCAAUCACAGGUUAUUACUGGGGGAUUUUAAUUUGUAUUAAUUUAAUUGAUUUAAAAACAAAACAGUAAGUCACAAAAUGUGCCUUAAUAACUCAAAUGUAGAAGGUAAGAAAAUAUUUGAAAUAAAUAAAUGAUUUGAUGCUAUAUCCUGACAACUUCAAAGCAGGCUUCUCACUGAAAGAUUGCAAAGUUAAAUUUCCAAAUACAGGAACGUUUUUUUUCUUUUCUUCCUGUGUAUUAUUCUGAUUAAUUCUGUUUUGCUCACAUGUACAUGUGUCUAUUUUCAAUAAAGAUUAUUUUGAUAACUAGAAGAGUUCAUAAUUAAU